ACACGCGUGUACACACACACGCACACGUGUACACACACACGUGUACACGCACACGCGGUGCUCCGGAUGUGACGGCAGUGGCCGGGCUGGGUCUCGAGAGGGGAAUGGACUGGGGCGAGCCCCGACCACGACGAUGCCCCCCCCCCCCCCCCCAGACGCAGCCUCAGCGCCGUGAGUUGUGCAGUGGGGGGGCGAGAGACGCAGAGAAUUCGCGAGGCUGCUGCUGCUGCUACGGCUCCCCUCCACUGCGGCUCUUCAACUCCAGUAUCAUCAACAACAACAGCAGCAGCAGCAGCUUGCCAACACAAAGGUCCCAACCUCUUCGUUCACAAGUGUUUUGUUAGCGAGCUCCUGUUAAGGCGAGCGGGGUCCACAAACCCCGGAGUCGGGCUGGGUGGGAGCAGCAGCAUCAGCAUCAGCACGCCCAGAGGAGGAGGCACACGGGGGGGGGGGGGGGGGCAGACAGGGACACGCCAGGCAGACAGGGGCGGUGAGAGAGACCAGUGGCAAGACGAGACGGAAGCGAAGCAAAGUUUAAGAUCGGGAGUUGUUGUCAUCGCUCUGAGUCACACAGCAAGAGGCGGUCACGGAAUGAACGCGGCUCGGGUUCACGCUUGAGACGACGUCGUAGAAGUCUCGAAGCUCUGUCCGAAGUGUGACUUGGGAGAGCCCUGCCUUGAUUGAUGUACAGAUGUCAGGCUCGAGAGCUUGUCCAGACACACAGCCCGGCGACUGUUCAGAGCGCGACGACCGUGAGACGCAAGAGAAGAGGCCACUUCUUCUGAAUGCGGGGGACGGAGCGCGCCUGCCGUCGGAGCGAGCCGACGAUGGCGCGGACGAGGCCGGCUCUCCGGGAGGGGAGAGCUCUGCGCUCGUGCGCACGCCCGGUGAGGAGCAGGGGCAGCGCGCCGCCACCGCCGCCGCCGCUGACGAUGAGCGGGGAGGAGAGCGCAAGUCGGAACCCGCUCACGAGCUCAACGGAGAAGUCGCAGUCGGCGACGGAGGGGCCUUGCCGGCGAGCCUGGGGAGCGAGGAGUGCGGCGGCGGCGGUGGCGGCGACGGGACGGUGGUGACCGUUCCCCCGAGAGCGUCGGGACGGCCGAAUCCGUGCGGAGGGGGGGCGCACGACGGAGCGGGGGGGAGUGAGGCGGAGGCGCCGUCCGCCCCCACGGAGGAGCGCAUCGCCGGCGAGCAGCGCGGCGCCGGCCGGCCGAGUGGCCGCAAGAAGACGACGGCGAUGGCGGCGGCCAACGGCAAGAAGAGGAAGCCGAGCGGCAAGAGCAUCGCCUCGGCCUCGCAGAUCCCGGUGGAGGCGGCUGACGGCUGCUGCAUCAGCUGCGUGCUCGCAUGCCUCUUCUGCGAGUUCCUCAGCAUGUGCAACGCGCUGCUCAGCUGCGGCGAGUGCGAGGAGUGCUGCUGCUGCUGCUGCGCGCAGGCGUGCGGCGCGGACGCCUGCUGCGCCGGCGAGGACGGCCAAGCGUGCUGCUGCUGCGACUGCGAGCUGGCGGCCGCCUGCUGCGAGAACGACGAGUGCCUGGAGGUCUGCUGCGGGUUCUGCGCCGGCUGAGACACAGACAUCAACCCCCCCCCCUACACCCCCGUGGACGGCGCUCACGACGGAACGAACGGAACGCGACCGCUAGCCACAUCAUGGCUCCAUCGCUGCACCGCACCAUCAUCGCUGCAUCAUCACUCCAUCAUCACUCCAUCUUCACAUCAUCUUCACUCCAUCAUCGCUCCAUCGCUGCAUCGCCCACAUGGGCGCCCUUAAAAUUCAGAUCCAGCCGCAAAACGAAACAAACGCGUAUGCCAGAGGAGAUUUGUUGUCUUGCGUUGUGUCUCCCUUUAAAAUCAUCUCACGAAGAGCUUUCAUGGGGGCUCGUGAUCUCAGUGACAGCUCUGUUGGUGCAGUAGUGCCAGUGAGCUCUAUUGAAAGCACGAUUUCAAUGAGAGCUCUAUCAAGGCAGGAUUCUCUAUGUGCUGUGUUGAGACAAUCUCAAUUUAGAGCUCUUGAAACCACAAUCUCAACGAGGGCUCUAUUGAGGCCACAGCCUCCAUUGCUCUUCGAUCCGUGGGCAGGCUCACAGGUCGCACUGCCCACCUCGUCGUCGUCGUUGCGCACGAAAGGCCCCAAGUUUUCCUCCGCGGCCUCGGCCGCUGCUUCGGUCGCGAAACGUCGGACACGACGACGAACCGCACGCGGCACGGCUCGCGAGCACGGUGGGAGAGCCGUGCCGCAGCACCGCCGGUGGCGUCGCCUCCGCCGCCCGCUCGCCCUUCCUCGCACCAGACACUGGGGGACUGAUGCGACGAUGACUGGAAGAACCCCCGUGUCUGUCGAGGGCCCGGCCCUGGAACGCCGCUGCGCGUGCCCAGGUGUUUAACGUCGAUGUUCUGCUUUCGUUUUUGACUCCGCUCGCUCGCUCGCUCGGGGGGCUGCCUUGCCACGCGCUCGCGCAGUGCCGGUGUCGUGGACGCAGGCUUGGUGGACCGUGUAGAGAUGGAGACUCUGUGAGGCGUCCGUCUGCAGGGUGACGAGGUCGGGCCUGCUCGAGGCAGUGCAGCAAGUCGGUCGCUCACCCGACCUUCUGAUCUCCGAGUCGCGUCCAUGCGCGUGCAUUAUUGAGAGCUCAUUUAACGUUUUAUAAUUUUAAGGAUUACAUUUUAGUUUGUACUUUGCACUCGCGAUUUCUACAUUAAAAAGGCGUUUUUACAUAGGAAGGCCUUGCUGAGUCUUAAGACUCAAUUUCAGGAGGGUCCUGCCCAGGGCUUAUUUAUGGCCAAUUCUGCAGGACUUCUCACCCAUGUAUGGCUAUGAGAUGACCAGCAGGUGGUAGUACAGCAAGUAGGCUGAUGGUCAUCCUGGACUGGUUCUGAGCAGUGCUGCUGAGACUAGGGUGUUCUCAAGGUACUGUUUAUUCACGGUAACGUUUUUUGGGUUAGAUCGCGUAAAUGUGACUGCGUCGUACACCCAACACCACCCGGCACGGCCUAUCGGUAAGGUUUGUCACGUGAACAAAACGUGCCAAUUGGUUACUACUUCAGCACACCACACGGCUGUGCGUUAACAAACCCACAACAUCUACAAACGAGUUCGACGUUUCGCCGGUGAUCACAACAACGGCAUCAUCAGGCGAUGGCCAGAAUUAAUCGUGAAUAAUUGGCCGCGAAAGCCGACGUGUUGAAAAGGUUUUGGUUUAAUUAAACACGUUGAGUCUUGAUCCAAAACAAGUCCUUGUGCGGUUGAACCUCAGGACUAUUUCCCAAGGCAGGCCACGCUUUGUCACGCCUGUCGGCUCUCCGUUUGGUUGGCCAUGUGGGAAGGAGCCAGACCAACCGCCGGACAUCCUGAGUCUACACUGAUAGGGUGACCUGCUUUCUGUACUACCGCCUUACACGUGUAUUCCACCAAAGAUGUCUCUUUUAAAUCAAUAUAUAAAUAGGUAUUUUUAGGACUCGUUCCAAAUGAUAUUGCAGCAGCAAGUUUAGAGGCUAUAUUAAUAAAUAUUAGAGUUAGUGUUCCUGAAUGGCAAUCAUCUGCAUACGGAGAUGUGUUUUUACAUACCUAAAUAUCUGUGCAUACCUGUACUCACCGGUAACGCCUGCCAUGCUGAGUCGUUGGUGUUUUGGGUCGGGUUGCGUCAGUAGAAUGUGUGUUGUACACCCCUCCUCCGCCCAACACGGCCCCAACACUGGACGACAUUUUUGCAAUUCUGGCAACUGCGUGAUGGUACCGGCUGUAACUACCAGCGAAACGUCCGCACACAAAUCGCUCAAUGUGUGUGGCUCACUCUCCAACAACACAUCGCGUGACAACUUUACGAAUUGUCUGUGUCCCGUGGAGGAGGGUGCGCUCACUUAACACAAUGCUGCUUAUUCGCACCGUAUGUCACAGUUGGUGACAUACGGUGGGAAAGAAGUUAACCAUGCAAACAUACGACACAAAAUGUAUUACGAAUCAUUGUACUGGUGGAGACAGCCAAGGCGUUAAUCCCACAAUCCCACUCCUGGUUUGGUGUUUGCCUCUGCUGUCUCCUGAGUCCGCGUGGAAGCAGCAACCGGUGAUGAAGGUGUUCACGCGCAGUGACACCCGAUUACGCGGUUGAAAUAUUAAUUUUGAUCAAGGCUGCGAUAACCUCAAAUGUAAAUAUAUUAAUGUCCGAUAAAUUACCCUCAUCCUUAUAAACCAAGAGAUGCCUUUGAAUGCUGGUGCCAAAUAAAUAAGCAUCGCUUUGUGUUGUAGGGGGAGGCAGCUUUAUGAAAAUGAAGCAAUAACAGUUGUGUUCCAUUUAAAUACGAAUCAGAAACAAUCAACACGUGCAACGAACUUGGAACAAAAGCUGACGGUUGCACAGAGAAGCGUGGAGAGGAGAUUCGCGCUUGGGAUAUUACGCUGAGCCUCAGACAAAAGGGACACGUGGAUCGCGGAACGAACAGAAAUCGUGAGACGUCACAUUGGCAAUCAAACGGGGCUUGGGCCAGACGCAUCGCUGGGUGGGAUGAGGGCCGGUGGGAGAGACUGGUGACGGAACGACAGCCAAAGGAGGGAGCGUGACCAAGGGGACGAUCCCCUGCGGAGAUCGGUUCACUUGGAGGAUCCUUGUCCCCAGGGCCUUGUCUGGCGCCUUGUUGUUUGGCCCUGAGCAGGGCCGCUGGCGUGGCUUCGUGUUGCUGUUGCUGUGGAGGCCGGGAGAUCGAAGAUCGAUGUUCGGUCGCCGCGUCGGAGGUAUUCGUCGCGGCGUCUCGCGCGACAACGGAGCGGGGCCACGCGGAGGCCGCUGACGUCUUCCACGCCCCGCUGCGGAGAUGGAGCGAUGAGAUGAGUUUGCGUGCAGGAGCGAGAUGGGUGGUGAUGAUGUGGGGAGGCCUUCAUCCAGCAGUGGAUAGACAAUGGGUGGUGGUGAAUGGUUCUUAAGGUCACAAAUUAGCGUGCCUAGGCAAGGGAUGGUUUGAAUACUGGUGCCAAAUAAAAACCAUUGUCUUGUGUGGUGAAGACGGUGAUAGUCGAACAGUGCUAAUUUCCAGAAUAGUCAUCGAAUUGUUAUACAAUCAUCUAUUGCGUGAUGAAGAUAACGGUAGGAGUUUAACUUUUUAUUUGUGAUUUUUAAUCUCUAUGCAAAUACAACUUUGAGUCUCGUUAUUUUUCGCUUUACCAACCUGUUCAUUGCCAUCACAGUAUACGUUUAUCACUACAGACUCUGUAUAUGGUAUAUACCAAAGUAUAUUUUCAAGGUUACAUUGAUGAUGUACUAGUAUUAUUGUUAAUGUACCAAUGUUAACUGUUUCAAAUGUGGACCAUUUUGUAAGCUACAUUACUGACCAAUUAGCUACAUUGCAAUCGUGAUGGAUAUUUGUGCAGCUUAAACGGUUUGCGUUGUGUCAUAUGUGCGUUUUCUUAUGCUUUUGAUCGUUUAUAAUCUAAAGCUUCGCAUUAAUAACGGUGUAGUAUGUUAACAGCCAUAUCGCUUUAAAUGUGGAUCAAUUAAAGGCUGCAGUUAACACUACUGAGCGUACUGAUGUAAAAUAUAGUUCAAUAAAUUUGAGGAUGAUGGCAUUGCUGUGUGUGUGUGUAGAGGCUGAUAUCAUAAAUCGUUGGCUCCAACUGUGAAUUUGCCAUUCCAGCCGGCACAUUAUAGGUGUAACAAAGACAACGUGGGCUCCCUUGCCUGCUUGACACCGCGUUGUCCUAUUAUGUGUGGGUUUUUUUUCGCUUCUGUGCUGUUAUCAAGCUCUCUGAUGUGUGUGUGUGUUUGGGUUGUACACACUCUGAGCCAUUGAUGGACAUUGCACGUUCGUAUGACAGUGGCCAGACUUUCCAUGGGAAAAUCACUGUUGAUGUCCUCCAUAAUAAAAGGCCUUAUUUACCCUG